UGCUCCGCUCCGCUCCGCCGUGCCCCGGGCCGUGCCGUGCCGGGCCCCCCCGGGCGGCGCAGGCAGGCGGGGACAUCCCCGCCCCUCUCCCCGCCCGAGGCGAGCGGAGCCCGGCACUGGGCGAGCUGCGGCCGCUGCCCUCCGCAGCGCAUCCCGCACAGCCCGGCUCGGCACGGCCCCUGCCCUGCGCCCCCAUCCCCGCCGCGCCCCGCACGGAGAGAGCCAGCCAUGGGUUGCUUUGAAUGUUGCAUUAAGUGCCUAGGAGGAGUGCCAUACGCUUCGCUGGUGGCAACCAUUCUCUGCUUCUCGGGGGUAGCCUUGUUUUGUGGUUGCGGCCAUGUGGCGCUUACAGGCACGGUGUCCAUCCUUGAGCAGCACUUCUCCACGACUGCCAGCGACCAUGCUUUGCUGAGUGAAGUAAUACAGCUAAUGCAGUAUGUAAUUUAUGGCAUUGCAUCAUUUUUCUUCUUAUAUGGAAUAAUCCUUUUGGCAGAAGGCUUUUAUACAACAAGUGCUGUGAAGGAGCUGCAUGGAGAGUUCAAAACGACAGCUUGUGGCCGCUGCAUCAGUGGGAUGUUUGUUUUCCUCACCUAUGUGCUUGGAGUGGCCUGGCUUGGGGUCUUUGGCUUCUCCGCUGUGCCUGUCUUUAUGUUCUAUAACAUAUGGUCAACUUGCGAAGUCAUCAAAUCUCUUCAGACAAAUAUGACAGUUCCAGGGGACCAGAUCUGCGUGGAUAUCAGGCAAUACGGUAUUAUCCCGUGGAAUGCUGUACCUGGCAAAGCCUGUGGUCCGAUCCUGGAGAACAUCUGCAACACGAACGAGUUCUACAUGUCUUAUCACCUGUUCAUUGUGGCUUGUGCUGGAGCUGGUGCCACUGUCAUAGCAUUGCUGAUCUACAUGAUGGCUACUACAUAUAACUAUGCUGUUUUGAAGUUUAAGAGUCGGGAAGAUUGCUGCACUAAAUUCUAAAUUGUAUAAGCCCAGUAAAGAGCUGCAUUGCUGUAGCUUGAAAUACCACUGACACCCUAGGCUAAAAGUCUAGCUUUCUGAAUUUUGUUACAGUAAUUGUAAAUAGCUUCAGUAAGCCUCAUUUAGCUUAUCAGAUUAAUAAAAUGACUUCUUGUAUAUGAACUAUGAUGUGGAUGAGAUCUGGCUAUUUUUUCCUGUUGAGAGGAUUCAGUUACUGUUGGACUGUUUAUAAAUCGUCCUUUGGAAGAUAGGACUUUUUCAUUUGAAGUCUCCAUUUGUUUUUUAGCAGUCAUCUCUAAAACAAAGACUGGAACAGUUCAGGGUCAGAAUUACUCGUCUAUUCUUCAUCCUAAACGACAACUACAAAAAACUCUGAGCAUACAAAUAUAUAUGAUACAAAAUAAAAAGAGUAAUAAAGUAGUGCCAAUCUCUUUUGGCAGAAAUCAGAAGCCCCAGUAUUAUGAAUUAGUCGGCUUGUCUUUCUGGUGCAUGGAUGAUUAAGUUGAUUAUUUUCUUUUACUUCAUUUUCAAAUAACUGCCAAAUCAUGCUCUCUCUGGAAGGAAAUACAUCCUUGUAUUAGCUCUGCGUAAAACAAUCACAUUCUGGUUUUGGACCCUAAACUUGUAAGAAAUAGCAUAUAAAUAGUUUCUGUUCUUGUAUGGCUUGCACUUUAGUAACUGAUUUCUCAGUAGCCAGAUCUCAAAAAUGUAAGUAUGACUGCACGGGAAGCAAAACCAUGCAUAGAUCAUAGAGACAUUUUUACACUGUUGGGGGGAAAAAAUAAAAAGUGAAUUAAUGUGUUCAGAUGUAGAUUUUUUGCAUGAAGUGUGGUGAAAAGAUGUUGGGAAGAGAUGAAUUCAAAAACCAGGAAAAAUCCACACAAUAAAAAAAAAAAAAGCUAAUUAUGAUGUAAAACUUUUCACCUGAAGUUAGACAAUGGGAGAUUAAAAUGUAGUUAUAACAAUACAUGAUUAAGACUUCUUAACCCAGAGAUUGCAUGCUUUUGCUUAGUUUUGGACUCGUGUUUUGUUGUUUAAUUUUUCAAUGUGUUAAUGUAGCCUUGUUCACGUAAAUAAAACUGUUUACAAUUUCAGGCUUUUUCCAGGGGGAGGGUGGAAUUCUCAUCUGCUUGUUGGGGGAAAAGAAUUACCAGGAGCUGGGCUUGAAUAUACAUAAACACCACAACCUUAGAAACCAGUUCUUCUGAGCACCUCUUAGUUUACGUAGGAUCUAAAUUGCCACGUAUAAAAGUUUUUUUUCCCGCUUCUCCCCAUUCUUCAUUUUAAUUGAUCCGUACAACUCUUCAGCUCAUUUUAUUGCUGUUGUACUAACUUUCUCUAAGUUGUGAAUAACCAACCUAAAUAUUAGCAUGCAAAAUUCUAGAGAUCUUUGAAAAUAGCCUCUGUGCUUGUUUUAAUAACAGAAUGCUUAUUAACGUAGAAUAACUUUUUUUUGGUCAUUAUUGUAAAGAGCGUCUAUUAAUCUAACUAGCAGCUUGCUUUGCCUCUUGACAUGCUCACUAGCCAUCAUGCUCACCCUUCUCUUCCAGAUCCACUUCCUCAUGAUACUGUCUUCUAACUGGGCCUACUUAAAGGAUGCAAGCAAAAUGCAGGCCUACCAAGAUAUCAAAGCAAAAGAAGAGCAGGAGCUUCAGGAUAUCCAGUCUCGGUCAAAAGAGCAACUCAAUUCUUACACAUAAAUGUUUGCCACAGUAAUUCAGCAGAAGAAUUCUGUAGCUCUGACAAAUCAACAAAUAGCUGCUCUGCAGUACAGAUGUGUGUCUACCAAACAAAAUUAUAGAGAAGUGUAAAAGCUUCACGUUCAAGCUCCUGGAACACAUUCAUAGGGAAAUCUUCCCAUGGGUAAUCUUCCAUCUCACGCAGAGAAUGGAGGUUUUAUUCCAGGCAUUUUAAAAGGCAACACUUCACAAUAAGUGACCAAAUUAUUCUACUUUGAGACGUUCAGAAUUUACUAUUUGACAUGCAGCAUGAAUUCCUGCACAAAACUGUGGCAGGUGCUCCAAACCAGCAAGCAGUAAAUGUUUGUACAGACCUUAGACAAAGGCAUGUGUAAGAUGUGUGAUUUAGUAUCUCCUCAGUAUAUAUACCAAAUGGAACUGUGGCUGGCUAAGAUUUCUGAUAGCCUGUGCUUAUUUGGAAGCACAGUUGCAGCGUUUUAUAAGUCAUAAUAGGGCAGCCUUUGAACACUCUUUACAUGGGCCACAGGAACAGCAAUCUACUUUUGUGCCACAGUUUUUUACGAUGAAACAGUCACUCUCCUGUGCUUACCUGAGUGUUGAGCAGAUGUCCCAAGUUUUAAUCUUUUUAUUAACUAUUUAAUGGAAUGUAGAUGCUUGGAUCUGGAUAAUGAUCCCCUUCUUUGAAAAUAAAUGUCAGCUUUGCCUUAAUAUUUAUUUUCUAUAAAUGUCUUAGCAUUUAUAUAGUGGCAGGAGACCAUUAUCCUUCAUUUUAAGUGAAAAGUGUUACCUUAUUAAAAUGACACUGAUGUGACUACUCCAAACGAGCAGAUGACGAAGUUUGCAGAGUUUUACACAA